AUGGCAUCCCAAACCUCCGCCGAGAGGCUCCUCCCAGAGUCCAACUACCCGGAGUCCCGAGUCCUGGUUAUCAUGACAGGCGGCACCAUCUGUAUGCAACCCACCGCCGACGGUCUCAAGCCCAUCGGAGGGUUCCUGAAGAAUGCCAUGGCCCCGCGCCCUUCAUUCAACGACAAAUCGUCGCCUUCAGUGCAACUCGAGGCUUACAAGAAUGGCCAAAAGGUUGUUCUGGAUAGCUUGAGGACACCACCAAGCGCCUACUCCCGUCACAUUCGUUACGGCGUCCUGGAAUUUUCGCCUUUGCUGGACUCGAGCUCCAUCUCAGCCGAAGGCUGGACGGAAAUUGCUCAGACCAUCAGAGAGAAUUACCGUCUCUACGAUGGCUUCGUGGUGCUCCACGGCACCGACUCCUUGUCGUACACGGCUUCGGCCCUUUCUUUCAUGCUCUCUGACCUAGGCAAGCCGGUUAUUCUCACUGGUUCCCAGGCCUCCAUCUUCGCACUCCAGUCUGACGCCGUCGACAACCUCCUGGGCUCGCUCAUCAUCGCAGGAACCUUUGUCAUUCCCGAGGUCGGCUUGUUCUUCCACCACAAGCUGUUCCGUGGCAACAGAACAAGCAAGGUCUCUUCUGCUGCCUUUGAGGCUUUCGCCAGCCCCAACUGUGAGCCUCUGGCCAAGGUCAACGGUCUCGGUAUCGAUGUGAACUGGCCCAUCGUGUUGAGGCCUACCAGAAUUGCCGAGCUUCAGGUCACCCAGCACCUCGACACCGCCCACGUUGCCUGUCUGCGCGUGUUCCCUGGUAUUAGGCCCGAAAUGCUCGAUUCGGUCCUCCGUGUCCCUGACUUGCGCGGCCUCAUUCUCGAAACGUUCGGCAUGGGCAACGCCCCCAGCGGUAUCGAUGGCAGCUUGACAAAGGUCAUCAAGAACGCCGUGGACCGUGGCGUCAUCGUCGUCAACGUCAGUCAGUGCAUGAGCGGCUUCGUGUCGCCCGUCUACGGCCCCGGCACCGAGCUUGGCCGUGCCGGAGUCAUCUUCGGCCUGGAUCUCACUGCCGAGGCUGCCCUGACGAAGCUGUCCUACCUGCUCGCUGUGUCCGGCCUGUCAACGGCGGAGGUCAGCGCACGCAUGUCCCACUCGCUCCGCGGCGAGAUGACAGAAAUGGCACUUCCGGUAUUUUCGCACCCUUCCGGAUCGCUCGACUCGGUCGUGUCGCGACUAACCGCGACAGAAUCGGCAUUUACUGUCCUCGGCUACGCCGUACGGAACGGGGAUCUGAAGACGGUCAAGGAGAUCCUGGACAACGACGCCCAGCGCGAGCUGCUUAAGAUGGCCGACUACGCCGGCAACACGGCAGUGCAUCUCGCGGCCGUCGGGCCCCAGAUCAGCAUCCUGCGCGAGCUUCUUACAAGGGGCGCCAGUGUGCACGCACGUAACCGCGCGAACAACACGCCGCUGUACCUCGCGGAGAAGACGGGCAACGAGGAAUGUGUCAGGCUGCUGAAGGAGACGGGCGCUCACUUAUGGCAGGACGAGGCGACUAUUUUGGAUUCGGUUCAAUCUUCCCAAUCUGCAUCUGGAGACGGAGUUCAAAAGUAG